AUGGGGCCUGAUGUGACACUUUGCUCCUGUGAAGUGGUCUGCUCCUUUAUAUUAAAGGCGCUGUAUAAAUGCAGGCGGUUGUUUGAUCUGCCACGCGAUGGGGAUAACCCAGUGUUGUGGAGCCCUGAGAGGUUACAGAACGGAGGUCAACACCAAUCAGUAGUUCAUCAGGCAGAAAGCAAGAAGACUCUGACCCUGGACUGUGAACUGGGCACUGCCAGAUGUGUUGACUUCCAGUGUCCUCUCCAAAUUCUCAACACAACAACCCGAAUGAAAAUAGGUGCUCGACUGUGGAACAGCACCUUUCUGGAGGAAUAUGCUUCAUACAGUUCCAUCAAGCUGACCAUCCGUGCGAACAUCAGCGUGAAGUCAAGCAUCCGAAACCUGAAGGUGAAGGAAGCUGCUGCUGAGUUUACCAUACAAAUAUACCCAGAGAAGACGAGUGUGGGAUAUGUCGGAGCGCCCUGGUUGAUUAUACUCAUUGCUGUCCUGGCAGGGAUCCUAGUGUUGGCUCUCCUUGUGCUUCUCCUUUGGAAGUGUGGAUUUUUUAAGCGUUCCCGUUACAAUGACACCGUCCCACAAUACCACGCCGUGCGGAUUGGCAAAGAACAGCGACAGCUCCACAUGGAUGAGAAAAAGACGCGAUAUCAGAAGGAAUGGAUGACUCACUGGAUUGACAGUGAUGGCUACUCAUGAACCUUAUUUAUUUUUGUAUACUUUAAUAAUGCGGCCUAAAAAAAAAACCCCACCCCAAACAUAAACCACGUAUGUUUCUGAUUAUAGCAACAACCAGCUGCACUGAAAAUGAACAAGGUGACGUUUUGAGACAGUGGGAGCUACAAAAUUUGCAUCCGAACCCAAAACUGCCACUGGAGAACUUUCUGCUGCGAUGUUUGCGUGCCCUUCAGACUUUGCUGGUGCCAGCGACCGAACCACUAACAGACUUGGUGUCAUUUGUACGAGUCAGUUCCACAAAUAAUGAACCCCUCUCCCCACCCGCCAAACCACGCUUCCACUAUCCUGCCUUGACUCUGAUAUCUGUUGAAGGGAUCAGAUGAUCAUUUGGGUUUCCAAGUUCAGUGUAAUAUUUCUGAGGGAAAGCAGGAAUUUCAACCCUAUUCCAUUAUCAAGCUGACAAUAGAGUUUUCUCAUUCUCAGCCAGCAUAUGUUGCACUCAAAAGGGGGUUCCCUGACAGAUGUCCUGAGUUGAUGGUUUCAGUAUUGAUAACAUGUAGAGCAAGCUGAGACCUGUUGACUCAUGCAACCAACUCAAUUCAGCGUGUGUCUGACUGUUCUGUUGCUGACUCCCUGAGACACGUUGAUGCUAACGUGCUUGGGCAGCAGCCUGGAGCCUGGAGGGUUAACUCACAGACUAGGGCAUUCAGAGGCCAGGGCGACAUGUUGAAAAUCAAGUGGCCGUCUGAAAGAAAUAGUGAACAUUUGGAAGGUGAGAACCUGUGUUUGACGGGGCGCUUGCUACCUCAUCACCCUGUGAAUGGCUUGGUGGCGUUUCAGGCCUAUGGGGGGGGGGAUAUCGCAGUUGGUUACUGCAGCGGCUAGGGGGAGCACAGCAAGACUCCACAAACAGCGAGGAUACAGACUGACACAAAAAUGGGCAUUCGGCCCAACUCCAAUCGGUCAAUGCCAUUUCACUCACCCCAGCCCCAUUCAUCUCAUCCAAUCAGCAUCACCCUUUUCUCAUCAGCCAGUUAUAGAGUUGUUAUUCCAGUGCUCAGGAUCCAUUAGCACCCUUUACAACCCCCUCUAACUCUGUGUGAAUUUAGUCCUCUCCCUCUCUAUCUCCUUUUGCUGUUGUCACAGUGCCCUGAGGAGCUGAGUUUUUUUAUAAUGAGAAACAUGGUUGGUAGUUUUUUAAAAAAAGCAUCCAGAGGUAUGUAGUAGCAUUUCUAGGUAGAGGGGAAAACAAAGCUGGUGGGAUUUGAACCCAGGACACCUAGUCUUCGAACUAAGGACGCUACCACCACACCACUCCCAAUUCAUGUGUGCUUCUGAUCCAGUUCAUUAUAGGGUGAGUUGAUUGAACUAACUGUCCCUGCCACUGCAGGAAUGGGAACAGGUUUCCAACAGUGAGUACCAAUUCUCCCACUGUGUUCAAAGAUUUGCACAAGUUGACAUCACUACAUUUCUGUACAUUGCCUUCCUAAACCUGGGGUAGGCCAGUGGAUGGAUGGAGUCGCCUUCUAUUAUCAUCUUCCAACGGACUACGGUUUGACAGGCAAAUAUGUCCCCAUUUCCAUCACAGCAAAAGCACUUUGUUCUGUUAUGUUCUGAGGUGAGAAUGUGAGCGCAGACUUUGCUCAGUAGAACCCAGGUCUGAGACAUGAAAGAGAAACCUUCUUACAGGAGGAAGUGCUUUCAAACUGACCCUUUACCAAUUCCACCAAAGUGUCUGGGACUUGUUUCAAGAUUCAGCCUUGGUAGCCUUGUCCCCAUUGAUUUGUAUCUGACACUUGUGUCACAUUAAACUGCCUAUCACAAGUAUAAUCACCUGGACAAUCUUGCAGAACACUUCAGGGAAGAUGGGCUUUUGGGUGAAGAGGUACAUGAGGAGAUAUGAAAUAUCUUGAGUCCGUCCUCUCCCGCCUACCGUUCCCUCUCCUCCCAGUAAGUGAGGUCACCUCGAGACAAGCACAUCUCUCAGUCCGUUAGUAGCUAAUAUGAGAGUAAAGAUGAUGCACUCAUGUUAUGGUCUCUCUCUUUCUCUGUUUUUGCCCUCUCCUCUGCCAUGAUCUCUAUUUUCUCUUUCUCUCCCACAUUUCUCUAACCUCCAUUCAGCCGCCCAGAUCAGGAAGGCAUUCUGUGAGCAAGUUUGGGCUAAAGUUGCGUAUUUGACUGUGACAGGAUAUAUUGAGGCUACACUUCAAAGAUGAUAACUAAUAGUGGAACAGUAUAGAGUAAAGGACUGCGUGAGUCCAUGAUACUGUAUAGGAUUAAACUACUGGUUUUCAGGAGUGUAAGGAAAAAUAAAGGAACCUUAUUAAUAAUUGCUUGGCAAGACAGAACUUAAACAUUGUUCAAAGGAGACAUGGAAUUGAAUCUUUUUGCACUCAUUGGACUUGAAAUGCAAGAAGUCAACUUCUAAAAAGGCAAUCUUUGGGUGGAUUUUUUACAUGUCAGCCCUGAUAAGGGCAAGACAGAAAGAUUCAAUUUCAUGUCUCCUUUUAACAAUGUGGAAUCUUACUCAGCUUGUCAUCAAAGGUAAAUGAAUGAUUUGAGGGGUUGAACAACGAAUUAUUUUUAAAAGACCAUUAGCCAAACUUAGUAAAUCAACCUCAAUGUGUUGGUAAAACUAACGAUAGUAGUCUUGAUUUCAUUCUUUUCAAGGGUGCGUGGUGUAAAAUUGCUGUUGCCAACUCACUCCAGUUCCUGGCUCACUUCAUAAACAGGAUGGUACAGCCUGUGGCCUAUCAACUCAUCCAUGUUGAGAGUCUCCCUCCACACAUGGUUGUUUCAGUGUUUCCCCCAUUGCUGACUCCUGUGUCAGCAUGUGCCCAUGUAAUCGAAAUCUCUUUCUUUUUUGUUGAAGUCCUUUGGGUAACAGCUGUUCUGCAGCAUGAACUCAAAAUGGCCACUCUCAGGACCUGACUGAUGACUCUAAGCAUCUAAAACACAUCAUCAAACAGGCUGGUAACUGCCCACUUUCAGUACUUCAAUGACAUUGGCAUCUCCUAGGUGACACUACAGGCCCGUUAUAUAUUGCCAGACAACUUACUGACAGAACGCUAUGGGGCUAAGGCCAGUGUUUGGCCUGUCGGUACAGAUGCAACACAAGAGUGUGGAGAUCAGUGAUGCUGACAGUGAAUCCUAAUCCAUUACUUCUUUUUAAGAAGAAAGUCAUUUUUAUCAGAGACUAAAACUGAACGUAAUAAAGGCUACCACACAAACUAGAUGGUUUAGUCAAAGUCAGAGCUCCCUUCUGAUGAAUGUGAAUUGAGGUAUGAGGAUUCAGUUAUAUCUUCAUUACCAGAAGACCACAGUGUUUCAAGUAUAUUCAAAAACAGGAAUGCUCGAAAAUACAGCAGGUAUGAAAAAGGAAGAUGUACUUUGAGGUUUCAGUUGAGACCCUCGGUCAAUAUUCUACUCUGAGACCCUCCUUUCUCUGUAAGACCUGCAGUGAUGUCCACUGUUUGCUCUCUGUGUUUUGGAGUUGCUGUUUCUCUCUCCAUCUCUUCCCCUCAGCGUAAUGAAGGGAUUAACAGCCUUUGCAGUACAUGUGCAAAUGACACCAAGCUUCCACUUGUCCAACUCUGAAGUGAACCAUGAAGUGAGGCUGUAGGUUAAGGAAGUGUCCACAAUCUGCUUUGUCACCACGCUCCAAAAUUCCUUUGAAAUGGGCAGUGAUUGAAAUCUGGUAAAUGUUAAAAUAAUCCUUCCCCUCCCCCUAUGGGUUGUAUGAACAUUGAGGCUGGAGGGAAAUCCAGUUGGAGUGACUGCCUCUUCAAGUCAAAUCAAUCCAGUCUUAACUGGACACCAAGCCUGAAAAGGUUUCACUGUGGUAAUCAGAAACAUACAGUUAUGGCUCCUGUUACAGAGAUACAGUGUUCUGUUUGCUUCUCUCACCCCUGAAUGAAUCUGUGCACUUGAAUGUCUCAGCACAUCGAGGAUGUUUCAGAAGCGUAUUCUGAAACAGGCUGAUGAACAGGACUAGGCUCUCAGUUGUUACUUUUAAUUUGGCACCUUCAAAGUUUUUUUAAAAAAAUAUAUGCUUCAAAUGUCCACUUUGAUGUUACCUCACAGCUGUGCUCACAUUAUUACACAAGUCCAUCGCUUCCACAUAUUUUUCUACAAACCUAUUCACAGAUAUGAUUGCACACCUCUGGAGUAGGUGGGACUUGAACCCAAGGCCUCCAGGUAGGGACACUACCACUACACCGCAAGAGCCCUUGUUGCUCAAGCACGCAAUUUUUUGAUUGAGAGUCAGAUGCUCUAUUCUUGCACCACGAAACCAUGAGAACCUCAUUUCUGUAAUGGCCAAUUAUUUUGGAGAUUAAGUCUUGCAGAGUCAGGAUGCUUUUGGGCGGCUGACAGUUGCAGUAAUUGGCUUGCACUGUGUCAGGUCUUGGUGUUGGGCAGGCGGGUAGAGAAAUUCAGAGAGCCUUCCUGCCCCAGACAUUAUACAGAGGUGCCACAUCUGGUGCCCGUAUCCUUAGAGUGCCGCGUGAUGCCAUGUUCAUUGAAAGCUAAAAUCUGGUUGACAUUACUGUUUGCUGGUCUCGUCGCUUGGGACCUGUUUCAUGAGUAUAGACACUGAAUUCAUGUCUACUGAAUUUUUAAGGAAAAAUCUACCUUCAGCAGCAACAAUUACUGUUAGUAACCUUUAGUGUAUGGUACUGUACAGUGUUAAAUUAAAUCGGUGCUUCAGUUGCAA